UUAGACCCAUGUUUCGAGGAAAACCAGUGGCGCCUCCAAAGGAAAACGCCCACCGUUUGUUUUCCUACGCAACCACUAUAUAAUAUCAGAGCUCAGAUCCUCAAAUUACAACCAUUCAAAAAUCAAUCGAGUUCAAGUGAGAGAGAAAUAUAUUACGAUUAAGAAACAGAGAUGAGUUCGGUAAGCAGAGCUUGGAUCGUGGCUGCGAGCGUUGGAGCGGUGGAGGUAUUGAAAGAUCAAGGGAUCUGUAGAUGGAAUUAUGUGUUUAGGUCGCUACAUCAGCACGCCAAGGGCAAUAUAAGAUCUUUCUCACAGGCUAAAAAGGCCUCUUCUUCUCAGGCGACGACUUCAAUGGUGAAAACGGCUAAGAAGGUUAGUGACGAGAAAUUGAAGCAAUCAGAGGAGUCGCUCAGGAAAGUCAUGUACCUCAGCUGCUGGGGUCCCAACUGAAUU